AUGAAAUCACACCCACCGUCUAAUGAUAACCAAGUCAAUUCCAAAUCUGAUCUGGAUACAAUCGAACUUCAAUCAUUAGAUAUCAAGAAAACAAUUACUUCAGCUAGUGAUAAUAUUACUCCAAAUAACAGCAGUAUGAGUGAUACCCUUUUAUCUAAUAGUGAACAUGAUGACACAACAGGAGAUCGUAGCAGAACUACCACCGCCAGUAGUGACGAUAUACGAAUAAUUGACGAAGAUAAUGAUUUUUAUUUCCAAAGAGAUAACUCAUUUAAAACACGAUUCAAAAGAUUUUUCUAUUUAUUAUGGUAUGGUCCAUUAGAUCCUAAAGAUGAUCCUGCUCCUAGGAUCUCUUGUUUGGAGUUUUUCGAGGCUAUUCCUGAUAAGUUCAAAACAAGGGUACCUUUAAUUUAUAGACGGGCAUUAUUGGUAACUUAUUUAUUUUUCUGGUUUGGAUUAUGUUAUAGUAUAUUAGUUCCAUAUUUGACUGUUCCUCCUUAUUUAUCGACGGAUCCUAACACGCACAUCUACACUUUAUCAUGUGGCCAACUGCAAGAAUUUUGGAAAGGAAAGAAUGGUGCAUGUGGGUUGAAUGGGGAUUUGUGUCCUGAAGUAACCAAAUCUAAUAACAAUGAACAGCUACAAAAUGAUAUAUUUAUCAGAUGCCCAGCAUUGUGUGACCGAUCAAGUUGGACAUAUUCUUUAAUACCAAUAGGUAAUCAAAAAAUCAAGUAUCGAGGUUAUUUUGUCGGUGGUGGUACCGAUGUUGAGAAUAAGUUGGAGGAAAACCAAAUCACUAACCCAUAUCGUGCUGAUAGUUACCCAUGUGGAGCUGGUGUCCAUGCUGGUGUUAUUUCUCCAUUUUGGGGUGGGUGUGCUAGAAUUUCAUAUAAUAGCAAGGACCAGACUUAUUUUAAAUCCUCAAAGGGUCAUUAUGGUGUUGGUAAAUCGAUAGAAUUCUUAUCCUUUUUCAAAUUUUCCUUUUUUUUCAAAAAUCUAAAACUUCCAGAUCAGGAAUCAUUUAAUAAUUGCUACGAUCCAAGAUUAUUGAUAUUGAUUUUGAACAUUAUCCUCGGUAUUCCCGUAGUUUACCUUGGAAGUGGUGCCGUUGCUUACUGGACAAUUAGUAUUUGUGGGUUCUGGACGAUUUGCUUAGCUACAGAUCCUCCAGUGGAUGUUGAUCCAAAUAGAAUCACUGAUUUUGCCCAUUUGUUGUCUGUUGCAUUGGAAAGAUUCUUACCAUCGUGCUGCAUUUUAUAUGUGUUAUGGCACGUAUCUGCGAAAAGAACAUUAUCUGAACCGUCGAAUAUAGGUGACACCAAUGUGAAAAUUUCAUACUUGAGUAGAGUAUUCUUGUGGUAUCCUAUGUUUUGGUUGGGUGUAUUGAAUAAUAUGACUUUUGAUAGAUUACCAGUUGACAGAUUAACCAUUUCUGAUUUAAAAGAGCAAUCAGGGGCAAUGCUUGCAGUUGGAUCAAUUAUCCUUACGAUUACAACAUGUGCAUUCAUUCAAGCUUACAAGCUUUGGCUCUCUGGUCGUUUUAGAAAAUAUUUGUUUAUCUAUUCAAUGUUUAUUUUGGGUUUGGUUUUCUUGGCCCAAUUACCAAAUUUAACCUUAAGAGUGCAUCAUUAUAUUUUGGCGAUGCUUUUAAUUCCAGGUUGUGCAACUAGAGGAAGAACUGCAUUGUUAUUCCAAGGUAUUUUGUUAGGACUUUUCCUUUCUGGUGCAGCAAGAUGGGGAUUAGCCGCCAUUGCUGAAACUGCAGAAUCAUUGAGAAGAGAUGAUCCAAAAGGUAAUAUUAUCCCACCAAUGGUAACAGCAUACAAUAUUCAAACGGGUGUAUUAGAAUGGCUGAAUUUUCCUUUUAAUGCCAAGUUAACCAAGUUUACAGCUAAAUUAUAUGAAAAGUAUAGCUCGAUUUCGAUUUUGAUUAAUGAUAUUGAGCAAUAUGUUGGGGACAAGAUUGAAUCUGUGAAUUUAAAAGAACUUUUUGAUAGUUCAGCAGACUUGAAGAAAGAGAUUCAAGAGGCAUUAGCUAAUGGUAUAAAAGAUAGAAAUGGUAAUAUACCAAUUUAUAUAAGACUUGGAAGAAAGAUUCCUAAUACCCAUUACUAUAGCGAUUUUUCCAAUGCUGCUAUACUUAAAUAUCCAUCUGGGGAGUUAACAGUCCCAUUCCCUGGAUUGACAUGA